AUGGGGGACAGCGCCCGGAACAGGGGAGUCCUGGAUGGGAAAGACGCCCCCGGCCAGUCCCUGUAUGAGCGGUUAAGUCAGAGGAUGCUGGACAUUUCUGGGGACCGAGGAGUACUGAAGGAUGUCAUCCGAGAGGGUGCUGGAGAACUGGUGACACCUGAUGCUUCGGUGCUAGUGAAAUAUUCUGGAUAUCUGGAGCACAUGGACAAGCCCUUCGAUUCUAAUUGCUUUAGGAAAACUCCUCGGCUAAUGAAACUUGGAGAGGAUAUCACCCUUAGAGGCAUGGAACUGGGUCUUCUGAGCAUGCGGAGAGGGGAACUAGCCAGGUUUCUAUUCAGACCAUCCUACGCCUAUGGAGCGCUGGGCUGCCCUCCCCUGUUCCCCCCAAACACCACUGUUCUGUUUGAGAUUGAGCUGCUUGACUUCCUAGACUCUGCUGAGUCAGACGAGUUUUGUGCUCUCUCAACUGAGCAACAAAACCAAUUUCCUCUUCAGAAGGUCCUAAAAGUGGCAGCUACUGAACGGGAGUUUGGCAACUACCUUUUCCGCCAAAAUCGUUUCUGUGAUGCCAAAGUGAGAUAUAAACGGGCCUUGUUGCUUCUGCACCGGCGGCUAGCGCCCCCUGAAGACCAGCACCUGCUGGAGGCCGCCAAGCUUGCUGUUCUCCUUAACCUGUCUUUUACGUACCUGAAGCUGGACAAGCCCACCAUGUCCCUGCGCUAUGGAGAGCAGGCUCUGGUCAUUGACCAGAAAAAUGCCAAGGCCCUCUUCAGGUGUGGACAGGCUUGUCUCCUCAUGGCUGAGUAUCAGAAGGCCCGGGAUUUUUUAGUUCGAGCCCAGAAGGAACGACCCUUCAGUCAUGACAUCAAUAGCGAGCUGAAGAAACUGGCCCGCUAUUACAGUGACUAUGUGGAUAAAGAGAAGGAAAUGUGUCACCGAAUGUUUGCUCCUUCUGCAAAUGGCUCUACAGUAGGAGAAGAUUAA